CUCGGCUCCAUUCCUGAACAAACCCAUUCAAGUCAAUUCACAACCUCUUUUCCCCUUCCUACACCUCUGCUUUGGAAAACAUCCUUCCCUUUCGGCACAAUUUUCCGAUCUAUAGAAUCCAGUAAAUUUCCUUCUCUCGAAAAAGUGAGAAAAAGAAAGAGAAAAUUUAGAAAGGGAAAGUUCUAUAGGAAUCGAGCUCUCGAACCUCUCCUUUCUCUGAAUUAUCUCAGCUUUGAAGCUUUGUUUGAAGAGAUUUAAGCAGAAAUUUCUUCUUUUUCCUUAAGAUUUGCAGAGAAAGUGUAGAAGAAGAAGAAGAAGAAGAAGAAGAAGCAGAGGAGAAGUAAAGUGAUGGCUGGUUAUAGAGCUGAAGACGACUAUGAUUAUCUCUUCAAGGUUGUUUUGAUCGGAGAUUCUGGAGUAGGGAAGUCGAAUUUGCUUUCGAGGUUUACAAGGAACGAGUUCAGUCUCGAGUCCAAGUCUACGAUCGGUGUGGAGUUCGCUACCAGGAGCUUGAAUGUUGAUGGAAAGGUUAUCAAAGCUCAGAUUUGGGAUACUGCUGGCCAAGAGAGGUACCGAGCCAUCACUAGUGCUUACUACCGAGGAGCAGUUGGUGCAUUGCUUGUGUAUGAUGUGACACGACAUGCAACAUUUGAGAACUGUGAGCGAUGGUUGAAGGAGUUGAGGGACCAUACAGACCCUAACAUUGUCGUUAUGCUCAUUGGGAACAAGAGUGACCUCCGUCACCUUGUGGCUGUUUCUACCGAGGAUGGAAAAUCCUUUGCUGAGAGGGAGUCUCUCUACUUCAUGGAGACAUCAGCACUGGAAGCAACAAAUGUGGACAAUGCAUUUGCUGAGGUCCUAACCCAGAUCUACCGUAUUGUGAGCAAGAAAGCAGUGGAGACCGGUGAUGAGGGAGCAGCUUCUUCUGUUCCCAGCAAAGGAGAAAGGAUAGACGUCAAAGAUGAUGUUUCGGCAUUGAAGAGAAUUGGGUGCUGCUCGAACUAACGACUAGGAUUCUGAAUAUGUUUGUGUCAAGGAAGGAUGCGGCAGGGUGUUUUGCUGCAUCUGUUCCUUCUGUGUACACCAUGACUGUAAGAUUUUCUGAGUGAUACUGAACUAGGAGAGGGGAGGUGGGGAGUUAUUGUUUUAAUCUUCAUUACUUGCAUUUAUUUGCUGUGAUUUACUAGAGGGAGUCUGAAAUAGGGAUAGGAUUUUAAAUUUAUUGCUUUUGACUUGGAUCA